AUGAUUCUAGAAGAAGGCGAAAUUCUGGUAGAUGAAGGCACUGCCAACAACCAGGACCCGUCCGGAAAGGCCUACUCGUCUGCUUUGGAGUGGCCAGGAGACCCAGAACCUCAUUUAGAUCCUCCGUUCCCCAUCGGACCGGACUCGUCAUCCAGCCUAGUUAGUGCACCUCCAUCCACUCCAUCUCUGCGAUUACUCGUUCGGCAUAGUACCGUACUCCGCAAACCGAGGAAGCUCGCCCUGCUCGAUGGCUACUCGGAGAUCCAGAUCGGCCGUGAUGUCGCACCGUCGGGGUCCGAAACACCCAGGAUACGUCUGAAGGAGCUCGAGGUGUCCAAGCUGCACGCGACCAUUUUCUGGGACGAGGAGCGCUUGCAGUGGGCGAUCGUCGACAUGGGGUCGAAGCACGGCACGUUUAUUCAGCCCGCGACUCCUUCUGCCUCCGGUUCAGCCUCCGUGUCUUCUCCCGGGCUUGCGCCUGGAGGUGCGGAUGUACAUGGUGCGGAUGAGAAGGGCAUCCGGCUCUGCCCUCCGAGAGUUGCGAGCAUUCCCAGGUCACUGCAUCACCUGGACCUCUUGACGAUCGGCGGGACAACAUUUGCCGUGCAUAUUCACGAAGACCGGAUCCCUUGCGCGGACUGUUCGCCCCAGGCUAACGAGGAGGUCCCUCUGUUUCCAUCCCCCAAAGGCGCAGGAAACGCUGCCGAAUCCAAGAAACGCAAGCUCGAUGCGGUAGCUGCUCCGGAUAUAGCGCCUCCCCGGCACCCACGCGCGGCGCUCGCAAUGUUGAAACGAAGCCUGCUUUCUGCUACCACGUCAUCGCCCGGAUCGAUGCCUGGGUCCUCAGCGCCGCAGUAUGUUGACAGGAGCGCACGCAGACGCGCCCUAUAUCCCGACCAUUCCCCAGCAACUACCCCAAAUAUUGAGCGUUCGCGAUAUUCGUCUCCGUCCAUCGCAGCGCCCGCGGUGCCACCGCCUCCCACACCUGUCUCUGCCCCGUCCGCCCCACUUCCGGCUAGCAAUAUAGGCCACCGCCUCCUCAUGAAGCAGGGCUGGCAGCCUGGCUCUGCCCUCGGGGACCCGUCGAGCGAUAGCAGCGGCCUCCUGACGCCACUUGAACCGCCUUCGACCGUAGGGAGAGCUGGGCUCGGGGCUUCGGUCCGACCCUCGAGUUCAACGUCCGCUGCACAGGGCGAAGAUUGGAGAGAUGCUGGCAAGCAACGUCGUUGGGCGAUGGCUCGCAGCUCCGAUCAUCCCCCAUAACCCCCUUCAAUUAUGUCAACUGCGUUCACGUAGCGUGGGUGGGAGUGCUCGUUCGUAGGGCACGCGCUUGACGAGAUUGAUGGGCACGUCACCGCCUACCGGAACUCAGAUCGAGCGAAGCACACCGACUCCAGAGGCGGCCCGCCGCUUAAUGCGGCGCCGCUGCGCCGUCGUCUAGCAUCAACCCGCGAUGGACGGUGUUACUCGGGAGUUGGAAGCCGAGACUCGUGGUGGAGACAGGCUGGCGGUAUGGUGUUUCGUAGCGUCGGCUGGGCGUGCGUCCCUGCGAAAGAUUCCCGACAAGGCCUGGAAUUCGCCGGUUUGGGCUUGGAGGUCUCUUGUGCAGGAGCGCAUUCUGGCGUGUGUGCAUUGCUCAUGGCAAAGAC